AAAACUACUCAAGAACCUCGGUGUGGUAGAAUUAGUUUAUAUAGGUAAUACUACACUCAACAAUGUCUUUGAACGCAGCACUGGCUAACAAGUUAGCGUAACGUUAUGUGGGUGAAAGGUCAACAUCACCAUCCGUCACCUUCAUCUAAACAACUAAUCAAAACUUUAAUCAAACAUUUACAGCUUUUCCACUCAACGAUUAACCACGCUUUUGUUGGGGGGGACAAAGAAAAGCCCCUCCCUGCUGCUGAGCCGGGGCUUUCAGCAUGGCCCCUUGCCAGGGGAGGCUUUAAAAGGGUGGGGGCGCGUGGCUCCUCUCACUCUCACGGCAGGACAACCCAAGGGCAUCAAAGCAAGACAAGAUGACUCACCACUGCACCAAGUUCUCCGGCCACUGGAAGAUCAUUGUCUACGAUGAGGAGUGCUUCCAGGGCCGCCGCCAUGAGUUCACCUCCGAGUGCUGCAACGUGAUGGAGUUUGGCUUCGAGAGCGUGCGCUCCCUCAGGGUGGAGAGCGGAGCCUGGGUGGGUUAUGAGCAUGCCUCCUACCAGGGACAGCAGUUCAUCCUGGAGAGGGGAGAGUACCCCCAGUGUGAUGCUUUCGGAGGCAGCAAUGCCUAUCACAUUGAGAGAAUGACCUCCUUCAGACCUAUUGCCUGUGCUAACCAUAGAGAAAGUCGUAUGACUAUCUAUGAGCGUGAGAACUUCCUGGGCCGUAAGGGUGAGCUUGGCGACGAUUAUCCCUCCCUCCAGGCCAUGGGCUGGUGCAACAAUGAAGUUGGCUCUCUCAGGAUCCAGUCUGGAGCAUUUGUGUGCUACCAGUACCCUGGUUAUCGUGGAUACCAGUAUAUCAUGGAGUGUGAUCGUCACUGUGGGGAGUACAAACACUUCAGGGAGUUUGGCUCCCACUGCCAGACCCCUCAGAUCCAGUCCAUCCGCCGUAUUCAGCAGUAACAACUUACAUCAAGCCCUUUCCCUCAUAUGACCCUUCACCUCUGACUCCCACUGCCUCCCAGUGCUGAAUAAACUGUUUUUCUUAAACCUUACGGACUUCCACCAGUGUAUCUACUUAUCCAAGGUGCACCACUCACACUUCUUCACAAGUCGUAUGGUGGUAAUUAUCUGGCAAUAAAGGUUGAGCUGAUGAAAUAAAAACAUUUUAAAUAUCUGGUUUGAAAUGUGAAGAUCUGAUGCUUAAAACUUGUAUAGGAUUUUUGGCCCCAAUAAAGCAUUUCAGGUUGUUAUCUGAGAAAAUUGGUGGGAACUGCUAAAAAAAGAAAAAAAAAGAAAGAAAAAAAAGCACCAUUUCCUGUCAAUUUAUAGAUCGAAAAGGGCAAACUAAAAAAAAAGAAACAAAUUAUCUAAAAUAAAAUGAUAAAUUAUUGCUUG